AAUAGAAUUGAAGUAGGAGAGCCUCACUGAGAGGCCUGUAAGACUAAGAAGGUGAGGAGUUGACAUUGCAGGUAUCAUCUGGUCUUAUGCAGCAUGGCUGUGACAGGUGUCCGAUUGCUCAGUGGUGCUCUAAGGAAGUCAGACACCUGGAUCCGACUGUGGGGUGUGCUUCAAGGAACACCUUCACACAGACUGUAUGUUUCCUGGAACCAGCACUUAUAUCUCUCUAGCACCAAGUUAAAUGCACCAUAUUAUAACACACUUUCCCAACAUAGUUUUUCUCUCAGACUUCCUGGGCUUUUAGUAUCUCCAGAACAUAUUCCAUGUUCUAUAAGACUCAAAAGCAAUAUAAGCUCUAAGAAAUCUGCUAAAAAGACUCUGCAAAAAGCAGAUGAGGCGGACUCUGAUGAUGAGGGUGCUCCCAGCGAGAGGAGUGAGCAGGAAGAGGAGCUUGAGGAGGACCCCAGUGUGCCCAAAGACUACAAAGACCUGGACAAAGUCGUGCAGUCUUUUCGGUAUGAUGUCAUCCUGAAGACUGGCCUUGAUAUUGGGAGAAACAAAGUAGAAGAUGCAUUCUACAAAGGUGAACUGAGACUGAAUGGGGAAAAGUUAUGGAAGAAAAGCAGAACGGUGAAAGUGGGCGAUACUUUGGAUCUUCUCAUCGGAGAGGAUAAGGAAGCAGAAACGGAGGUGGUGAUGCGGGUUCUCCUGAAAAGGGUGUCUGAAGAGAAAACAGAAAGUGAAAAAUACCGCGUCGUGCUCCGCCGGUGGAAGAAGCUACAGUUGCCAAAGAAGAGCCGGUCUAAAUGAGCGCGCUCGCUGGCGGGGCUGGCUCCUCAGAGCCGCUCCCUGGAGCCCGCUCCAGGGCCA